CUAGUCAGGGAGUACUGCAGAUGCCCUCACCUGCCCCUGGCUCCUCCUGAUCCCACCUGUGGGCACUUCACACAGGGGUGCUUUGCUAGAAGUCUGUCUGCCUGCCUCUUCUAUGACUGGUCCCUCCGCCCACUUCUGGAUUCUUCCUCAAUAGGUCUUGAGCAUGUGUGCAGCAUCUCCCUCCCAAGGCCCAAGGUCCCAGGUAUGAUGAUGUCUCACAGAUCAGGGUGCAGGCAUCUGGAGAAAAAUGAAGAAGUCAGAACAUCUCCUUGCCCCAACAAUUCCCCUGCUGCUUUGGGCCUGGAAUUGGGGGAGGAGGGGAGCUGGGCGGGGGUUGGGUGAGUCUGAAGAAGCUGGGUGUGCAGGGCCAGGCUGGGCUGGGCUGACCCCUCCCGGCCGGGGGGCGGGACCCUAGGAGGAGGGACCCUAGGAGGAGGGAGGGUGCAGAUCGCUGGAGAGGACCAGACACUGGAGAGGCGAUAUGGCGGGAACCAGUCUGGGGGCCCGCUUCUACCGGCAGAUUAAAAGACAUCCCGCGCUCAUCCCGAUGAUCGGUUUCAUCGGCCUGGGAAUGGGCAGCGCGGCGCUCUACCUGCUGCGGCUCGCCCUGCGCAGCCCCGACGUCUGCUGGGAUCGAAAGAAUAAUCCAGAGCCCUGGAACCGCCUGAGUCCCAAUGACCAAUAUAAGGUACCUCCCGAUGGCCCAAGGGCUACACCCCCAUGCAUCCGCUCAUACCUCGGUCCCAGGACCGACCGCUCCAGCGCCGCAGCACAGAAAGAUGCCUAGGGUGCCCGGUGCAGCCUCGUUUUCCCUCUUCUCACAGUUCCUUGCAGUUUCCACUGACUAUAAGAAGCUCAAGAAAGACCGGCCAGACUUCUAAGAUGAGCUGGAGCCCACGUUGAAUGUAAACCACGGUCCCCAGCCCACUAAUUUCUUCCACUCGCCAUCGCCAGCCGCCCCCUCACCCCCCACCUCCUUAUCCUCCAGCACCAUUCUGCCGCCCCAUUCAGGCCCCGCUUCCCCAGGCCCGGCCCGGUUCCCACGCGGAGGGGAGGCAGCUCCACCCCCACCCCUCCCGCUUGCUCUCAGCGGAAGCGCCUCUGACCCUCGGCUUGAGCCCCACGGGGAAUUGCGGGGGGUGGGAGAAGAAAAGGGAAGGAUGAAUUAGGAGGAAAGCUGCGGCGGGGGUCGACCCUAAAGGAGCUGGCCAGCCCCCCUGCCGAGCCUCGGGGGCCUUUCAGGGUGUGGCUUUGGCUACGUGUUGAGCGUGACCUACGUGAGUCAGAGUGAGCAGGGGCCUUCGAGUGCCAAGAGACGUGGCAAGCCCCACGUUAGCUGAGGCACCGGGUGCCCGCCCAGGGGCGGCGCUGCUCGGGCUCGGCGUGGCUUGUCCUGGGCCGCCCAGCCUGCGGGGAUAGGGCGCUCACCCCUGCAGUUCGCUCCUCCUCCCCCAGAAGCCCGCUGCCUUCCCGCCCACCAGUGCUCCCUCCCCCCUCGCACCUGGGCCUCCAGGCCCCUCCUUGCUCCCCUCGGUCCCCCGGGAUCAAACAGAAACAGCCGUGGGCAAAAUACAAUUUCAUUUAACAAA